UGUAAGAAGCAGGAGACAAAGCCUGAAGAAGAUUCUGAGGGAGAUUUAAAUUAUAAUUAUUGUAAUAAUUAACAGAACGUUUCUUGUAUUUGAUUUUUUUUAAAGCAUGUUUUUGUUUUCACUAUGAUCAAUUUCUUAAUACCUUAUCUGAUAUUCUUCAAGACAUCAGUCAUGUUCAAGAAAGACCAAGAGAGACUUCCCCUGGACAUAGAACGGAGGAACACAUACAACACUGAUGGAAGCGUGCCCAGCCAGGAGGCAGUACAGAUAGACAACACAGACGGCAUCAAGCAUUGCCAUGACAACAACCAUGCGCGGGAGAAUCGUGAACGAGAGAGGAACGCUUCCAGGAAGAGGCUGUAUGCAGUUUCUAUCAUCUGCCUGAUUUUUAUAAUUGGUGAAAUCGUUGGUGGGUAUUUUGCAGGCAGUCUUGCAGUGAUGACAGACGCUGCCCACCUCUUGGUGGACUUCAUCAGCUUCAUCAUCAGCCUGUUGUCCCUCUGGCUCUCCUCCAGACCUGCCACACACAAGCUCAACUAUGGCUGGCAUCGUGCAGAGAUAUUGGGUGCGCUGCUGUCAGUGUUCACCAUCUGGCUGGUAACAGGAGUGUUGGUUUAUCUGGCUGUGAAGCGCCUCAUCACCAAUGACUACACCAUUGAGGGCACUGUCAUGCUUAUUACCUCUGGUUGUGCUGUGCUGGCUAAUAUUAUCAUGGCUCUCGUUCUUCACCAGUCUGGCCAUGGCCAUAGUCAUGGAGGUCUCAGCUCACAUGGCCACAGUCAUGGAGGUCUUAGCCCAAAUGACAAAAGUCAUGAAGGUCUCAGCUCUAAUGGCCACAGUAAUGGAGGUCUCAGAUCAAGCGACCACAGUCACAAAGGUCUCAGCUUGAAUGGCCACAGCAAUGGAGGUCUCAACCCAAACGGCCACAGCAAUGAAGGUCUCAACCCAAACGGCCACAGUCAUGAAGGUCUCAACUCAAACGGCCACAGCAAUGAAGAUCUCACCUCAAACGGCCACAGUAGCGGAGGUCUCAACUCAAAUGGCCACAGUCAUGGAGGUCUCAACUCAAACGGCCACAGUCAUGGAGGUCUCAACUCAAACGGCCACAGUAACGGAGAUCUCAGCUCAAACGGCCACAGUAGCGGAGGUCUCAACUCAAAUGGCCACAGUCAUGGAGGUCUCAACUCAAACGGCCACAGUCAUGGAGGUCUCAACUCAAACGGCCACAGUAACGGAGAUCUCAGCUCAAACGACCAAGGCCACAGUCACAAAAAAGAAGAAGAACACAAUCAGAUCUCCAACCAUGCCCACUCGAAUGAUGACUUGAAUGUAGACUUGGAGCAAAACAGCAGUGCUCAUGGACGGAGGGCUCAGCAGGCCAAUGCCAGUGUGCGGGCAGCCUUUGUCCACGUGGUGGGAGAUUUUUUCCAGAGCAUCAGCGUGUUCAUCAGCGCCAUCAUUAUCUUCUUCAAGCCUGAAUAUAAGAUGGCUGACCCCAUCUGCACCUUCCUGUUCUCCAUAUUUGUCUUGUGCACCACUAUCACCAUCAUGAGGGAUAUUCUUAUUGUCCUGAUGGAAGGUACUCCAGCAGGGGUGAGAUACAGUGAAGUGCGGGACGGUCUGCUAGCAGUGAAGGGGGUGACAGCGGUCCACAACCUUCACAUCUGGGCCCUCACCAUGAACCAGGCUGUGCUGUCUGCACACAUAGCCAUAGAUGAGUCAGUGGACGCUCAAACUGUCCUAAGAGAAAUGACACAGGCCUGUUUCUCCUCCUACAACUUCCACUCUGUUACGAUUCAAAUGGAGAGACAGGCUGACUUGAAGCCUGGAUGUAUUCUGUGCGAGGACCCCAAGAUGUAGGAGCCUGCCUAAAAAAAGGCCAAGCUAUGCUUUUGCUUCUGGAACCUCUGCUCAUGAGAUCCCUGAUGUCAUAUGUUUUAAUGUGGCUAAUGUGAUUCGGCCAAACAUAAUCACAGUGUGCUGAUAUUCAGUACAACAGCAUGACCUUGAGUGUGAUAUUGCUUUCAUACAACAGUUGUAUAUGCACAAUUUAUUUGCUAACAGUAAUAAGUGAUAACAGAUUAUGAUUUUUUUAACCUUUUGUACUUAGGUACUUUUGUACUUAGGUUCUAUAUUUCUACACUGCUGUUUGCUGCUGCAACACUUUAAAUUUCUCCAUUGUGGGUCAAAUAAAGGAUUAUCUUAAUUUAUCUUAUAUUAUCUUAUCUAAUCUUAUAUGACUGUUAUGAAUUAAAUUCACCAAGAGAUGGUGACAUUUUUUACGUCCAUAAAAAUAGCCCAAAACCUCUAUUGAUAGCAUAGAUUGAUAUAUAUUGGCUAUAAACCUGAGCCAACAUAUGACCACCAACUGGUCAAUUAACCACUCCUGUUUCAACAGAAGUGCAUGUAUAUGCAGUUAACAAGACAUUCAAUAAACGAUAAUCAGGGCUGCUGGAAAAUGUAAACUCCAGUCCACAUCUAGACAGAAUCAUCCUCUCUUCUGUCUCAUGAAUAGCAGCUGGGAUCUUUAUGCCACAAAGUUUUUCUUUUUUAUUUCAACAAUAUAGUGAAGCACAAGCCUCAUCUUGUUUUGACUUUGUCUUUCUUUUGAUUGCUCCUGAUUCAUAUUACCGUUUGGAGACCAUCUUUCCACUUGCAUCCAACUGCCUGUCUGCGCAUCUGACCGCUUAUUGGUCAGAUGCGGCGUGCUGUCAGUCAUUGCGGCAAAGCGCACGGCGUCAGAUUACAGCGUCUCUUCUUUUGGAACUGGACAGGGACUGUUGUCAAGCAACACAUACACAUUUCCUGAAUAAUACAACAUCAUGUUAAAAAAAAGGUUGCACACUGUGUAAAAUGUUUUAUAAUACAUUAUACAAUAAAUACAAUUUUAUUGUACUGGUACUAAAACUGGAAGGGUAUCAAAACAGGCUGACAUUUGUAAAGAUAAUGGCGGAGAGUGAAAUGAUGUUAAAACUGUACUGCAUGUAUGGAAUACUGCAGUGUGAUGUUACUUGAACAGAAGUUAAAAAAAGAGCACCUGAGCAUGUAGUUUUUCUGAAAACUAGAAACUGGUGUGCUGAACUGCAUUGGCAAAUUGGGACAAUUUGGGACAAUUUAAGAAUAAUGGUUCUUAACUUGAAAUGACUAAGAAUGUGUGGAUUUCAUUGUCGCCAGUUCAUAAUAUCAUUAAAAGAUUCAGAGAAUUGGGUGGCAUUUAGCUCAGUUGGUAGAGCAGCCGCC